GCAGAAAUUAGCCCUUCUGUUGACUGAGGAGACAGAGCAGAAGAGGUGACAUUUGGAAGCCAUUAGUCUCAUGAGGAGCAGCAGAAUAAAAUUAGGACUAAGGAGAUGAAACACAUCAAUAAAAUGCUCAUCAUGAAGUCUAAUAACAUGAAAUCCCAUUGUUACAUAUGGAUAUAAAGUUUGUAUGGAUUCCACGAUGGGCCCUCUAUAGUCCUGUGUCCCUCCUAUCAGUAAAUACUGCUGUCAGUCUGAGACCAACAGCAUGACUAGACUUUUUCAGCAGAAAAAAGUUAGGUAGAGCACACACACACACACACAUGAAAAACCCUUUAGGUGGAACUGGGUCCGCACCGCCUUGUUCUAUGAUGUAAAACCCAAUGGGUGAGAGUCAGUACAGUUCCGACUCCCCAUGAGUGCAGUAAAGCAGUCUACUAUUGGUGCCAACCUCCUGGCACUGGAGACACGGGCAGUUCUUGGCCUGGAAGCUGACACUUAAGCAGAGUGUUGCUGAAAAUACGUCUCGUUGUUUGUGUUGUUUGGCCCAUGAUGUUGGGCAGCGCCACUGUCACUAAGGAAAUGUUGUAAGGGACCCGGCGCAGAGCUUUACUGGUGAUGCAAACUCUAUCCUCCCCCCCGUAUCUCCCACAGCUUAGUCACUCCCACCCAAAAACCACAGGAAGCCCAGUACCGGUAACAUCUCACCAGGGACUCACAUCUUUAUCCUUUGCUACAAGGGCGAGUCCGUCUGAGCUUCUGCCUCACGCCCGGCACUUUAUAUUGUCACUUUUAUAUCGGGGUGCUCUGGAACUGGGGGACAUGGCUGAGCACGAAGGGUUAGAAUUUGGCAAAGCGGAUUUUGUACUCCUGGAUCAGGUGACCAUGGAGGCAUUUCUGUCUAAUAUGAAACUACGGUUCGAGACGGGCAGGAUUUACACCUACAUUGGGGAGGUUGUGGUGUCAGUGAACCCCUACAGAUCCAUGGAACUCUACGACAAAGAAAUGAUUGACUUCUACAGGGGCCGGGAGUUGUACGAGCGCCCCCCGCACCUUUACGCCAUUGCAGACGCCGCCUAUAAAGCCAUGAAGCGCCGAGCUAAGGACACCUGCAUUGUGAUAUCAGGAGAGAGCGGCUCUGGGAAGACAGAAGCCAGCAAGUAUAUCAUGCAGUAUAUAGCAGCCAUCACCAACCCCACCCAGCGCCAAGAGGUGGAAAGGGUAAAGAAUGUCCUACUGAAGUCUAACUGCCUCCUGGAAGCCUUUGGCAACGCCAAGACCAAUCGCAACGACAAUUCCAGUCGCUUUGGCAAAUACAUGGACAUCAACUUUGACUUCAAAGGCGACCCCACCGGGGGACACAUCAAUAAUUACCUGCUGGAAAAGUCCCGCGUCCUAAAGCAGCAGCCGGGGGAGAGGAACUUCCACUCGUUCUACCAGCUUCUCCGAGGGGCUUCUGAUGAGCAGCUGAACUCACUGCACCUCCAGAGAGACCCCGAAUUGUACAGCUUCACCAGGGACGGCAUCACACUCAACAACUUUCCCAUUAAUGACACGUCAAGCUACAAGGCUGUUCUGGAUUCUAUGAAGGUGAUCGGGUUCAGCCCAGAGGAGGUGGAUUCAGUGUACAGGAUUCUGGCAGCAAUUCUUCAUCUGGGGAAUCUGUGCUUCAACAUGGACGGUGACUCAGUGAUUAUAGACAACGAGGAGCUGGUGGCCCACAUUGCCCAGCUGACCCAUUGCCCAACUGACAGUGUCCUGAAGACCCUCCUCUAUAGAAUGGUGGCGACUGGGGGUGGAGACGUCAUUGAGAAAGGUCACAAUAUAAAGGAGGCCAAUUAUGCCAGGGACGCCUGUGCCAAGGCUUUCUACGAGAGGCUUUUCUGUUGGAUUGUGGGUCGGAUUAACAAUGUGAUAGAAGUGAAGAAUUACAACGCCCGAAUCCACGGCAAAAACACGGUGAUCGGAGUCCUGGAUAUUUACGGCUUUGAGAUUUUUGAAAAUAACAGCUUUGAGCAAUUCUGCAUUAAUUACUGCAAUGAGAAGCUGCAGCAGCUGUUUAUUGAGCUGAUUCUGCGGCAGGAGCAGGACGAGUACCAGCGGGAGGGCAUCGAGUGGCAACACAUCGACUACUUCAACAACCAGAUCAUCGUGGACUUGGUGGAACAGCCGCACAAGGGGAUCAUCUCCAUCCUGGACGAAGCAUGUCUGACAGUGGGGGGGGUCACCGACACCAUAUUCCUGGAAUCAAUGAACACCAAGUUGUGCAAACACCCCCAUUAUACCAGCAGAAAGCUGUCACAUACAGACAAAUCCUUGGCAUUCAACCGUGACUUCCGGAUCAAGCAUUACGCCGGCUUUGUCACUUAUUCAGUGGAAGGAUUUUUAGACAAGAACAAAGACACAUUAUUCCAAGACUUCAAGCGGCUGAUGUAUAACAGCAAAGAUCCAGUACUGACAGACAUGUGGCCGGACGGACAGCUAAGCAUCAGUGAGGUCACCAAGCGCCCGCUGACAGCCGCCACCCUCUUCAAGAACUCCAUGAUCUGCUUGGUGGACAAUCUGGCCUGCAAGGAGCCGUACUAUGUGCGCUGUGUGAAGCCCAAUGAUCAAAAGGCCCCCUACCUGUUUGAUGAGCAGAGAUGUCGCCACCAGGUGGAGUAUUUGGGGCUGUUAGAGAAUGUUCGUGUCAGGAGGGCUGGAUUUGCCUAUCGACAGCCAUACGAGAGAUUCCUGCUCAGGUACAAGAUGACCUGCGAAUACACCUGGCCCAAUCAUCUGAUGAACUCGGACAUGGAAGCCACCAAAGCUUUGAUUGACCAUCAUAGGUUUGAGGAUGACGUGGCCUAUGGCCAGACCAAAGUUUUCAUACGAACCCCCCAGACCCUUUUCAGUUUAGAGGAGGAACGUGCUGAGCUGAUGCCACUUAUCAUUCUCUUCCUGCAGAAGGUUUGGCGUGGGACCGUGGCACGUAUGCGCUGUAAGAAGCUGCGGGCAGUUUACACCAUCAUGAGACACUACAAGUGCUACAAGGUCAGGUCCUAUUGGCUGGAGGUGGUCAAGAGAUUCCAGCACGUGCGCAACAUGUUGGACUACGGAAAGAGUGUGGAGUGGCCAGAACCACCGACUGUGCUGGAGAAGUUCCAGGAGAUCAGCAAGAACCUUUUUAAAAGAUGGAGAGCCAGGCAGAUAGUGAAGAACAUUCCCCCCUCGGAUAUGUCUCAGAUCAAGGCCAAAGUGGGUGCAAUGGAGGUGCUGCAGGAUCUGCGUCAUGACAUUGGGUACGAGCGCUCCUGGAGGCAAGACUACCUGUCCUGUGAGACAGAUAACCCUCUGGCAGCUUCUCAGUUUUCCAAAAUCCUUCAGGAGCUGAAGAGGAAAGAGAGUCUCCGCUCAGUAUUAUUUUCAUGCCAUGUCCGCAAGGUCAAUCGCUUUAACAAGUGCAAGGACAGAGCCCUGCUGAUCACCGAUCAUCACCUCUACACAAUGGAGCCCAAGAAACAUUACAAGGUGAUCAAGACCAUUCCGCUCAGCACGGUGACAGGACUGAGUAUGACCGGGGGGAGAGACCAGCUGGUGGUGUUUCACACUCGGAAGCAUGAAGAUACGGCCUUCUGUCUGCACAAGAUGGAGCCGACUAAUGAGAGCCGCGUGGGAGAGCUGGUGGGCACCCUGGUGAAUCACUUCAAAUUGCAAAGAUGGGAGCUGUCGGUUAAAGUAACAGAUUGCAUCCAAAUGAAUGUCCAUGGCAGAAGACGACUAGUUUCGGUGGAGAUGCGCAACAGCAUAGCUCAGCCCGACUUCUGCAAAGGCCGCAAUGGCCUGGUGCUGUUCUGGUCUGGAAAGUGAGUCUGACUAGAAAGUGAGUCUGACUAGAAAUUGAGCCUGACUAAGAUUUGCUCUUCUUGGAUGCAAUGCGCUUGAAGCAUUCCCUAGUCGCUGAAUGUUGGGUAACCAGCCUCCUGCUAAUUUGUAAAGAGCUUAUAUAUAUAUAUAUAUAUAUAUAUAUAUAUAUAUAUAUAUACGUAUAUAACAGGGGGUUAGGAACUUUAUUUAUAGAUGCUUGUGCUUAUUUAACAGGUUACAAAGGCCAAGUUUAUCUAAAUAGAUUAUAGGAAUUUGAGGGUAAUUGACCUAGAAUGGCUUAGACUGAAGAUUCCCUGGUACCUUCACCGGCCAACUCACCCGCCCAUGCCAUUCAAUGUAGAUUCUUAUUAAAUAUAUGUUGAACUUGCUGUUCUCUAAAAUUUUGAUAUUUAAUGACCACACCAUGGGUGACACUUGUAACCGUCACUAUUUCUCAUUCAUUGCUCUGAGCCCGGGAUCCUGCACUGCCUCCAUUGGUGUAAAACUAUAACUCCCAUAAUUCCUUUGUCUGUCUGUAACUGGCCCAAAACGAAAACUGCUUUUGGGUCUAAAUUCUGCCAAAUAGCAGAACCGAUGAGUUGGCUGCCACACAUAUACUAAUAGCCACACAAUUUCGUGACAUCUAACGGGAAAUGAAACAUGGCUAAUAUGGGCACCUUUAUUAUAUACUUUCCGGGGACGUGUUUUACACAAUGUAGCUGAACUGUAUGUUUUUAUGUCUUAUUUUUAUAAAAUCAUUUUUUAUUAA